AUGAUGUCUGAAGGCUAUUCUCUGUUCUGCAUGGGCAAUCCACUCCUCGACAUCAUCAUCCCUCACGGUGAAGAGCUCCUCGAGAAGUACUCGCUCGAACCCAACGGCGCGAUUCGCGUGGAGGACGACAGCCCUUUUUACCGGGAGCUAGUGGACAAGUACAGCGAGAAGGUCGUCUACGUUGCGGGAGGUGCGGCACAGAACGCAGCUCGCGGAGCUGCUUACAUCCUCCCUCCGAGAUCUGUGGUCUAUACCGGGAGCGUCGGGAACGACAGCUUUGCAGAACAGCUUGUCGCGGCGAACCGGAUCGCAGGGGUCGACCAAGUCUACCACAUCGCUGAGGGACACAGGACGGGGACUUGCGCCGUCGUUGUCACCGGCCACAACCGUUCGCUGGUGACGUACCUCGGGGCUGCCCACCACUUCAACGAGGCACAUCUGUCGUCGCCAACUGUUGCGGCGAUCAUCAACUCGGCGAAGGUGUACUACGUCGGCGGCUUCUUUCUCUCGCAUGGCAUCGAGUCCGCGCUAGAGCUCGCGAAGAAGGCGUGCGCAGCUGGAAAGCCCUUCGUCCUCAACCUCUCCGCCCCCUUCAUCCCUGAACGAUACACCACCGAGCUGCAGUCUCUCAUGCCUUACGUCGACAUCCUCGUCGGCAACGAGGCAGAGGCUGAAGCCUACGCCUCUGCCACGGGUCUGGCGGACAAGACCGACCUCGCCGCAGUCGCGCGCGCGAUCGCGUCCCUCCCCAAGUCGAACCCCGCCCGCCCGCGGACGGCGAUCAUCACCCACGGCCCGAAGGCGACGACGGUGGUGAGCGCGGCGGGCUUGGAUAGCACACGGGUGUUCCCGGUCGCGCCGCUGUCGGACGCGGAGAUCGUGGACACGAACGGGGCGGGGGACGCGUUCGCGGGCGGGCUUCUCGCGGGGCUCGUGCUCGGCAAGUCCAUCGAGGAGUGCGUCGAGAUGGGGCACAAGAUGGGUUCGAUGUGUGUGCAGCAGGUCGGCGCGCAGUACAAGUGGCCAAAGGUCCAGAUCCUCUGA